AUGGGUUCGUUGAAGAAGAAAGACGAUCUUCUCCCUAACGCCUCCAACACUUUGAAAACCCAAUUUUCCAACUUUAUUAAUCAUAUUAAUCCCAAAUUAUUAUUAACCCCUUUUUGUUCACUUUUUCCAAAAAAUAAUUGUAAUCAUGCCUUGCCGACGGCCGAAAUCAAGAAGCGGCUGGCCGGAAUCCGCGCCUAUAAGAUAACCGACCGUUGUGAUACUCAUGUGGGCCUCAUCGGAAAAAAUAGAGGCAUUCAUCUGUUGUACCUUGGUGAACAAGAUGCUCACUCGUUCUUGAAUAGUGUUGAAUCUUUGGGUGAUAAAGUUGACAUGCAUGUAGAUGAUUUAAGAGUCUAUGAUACACCAAUUACUGAGAUUCUCGAUGUGGGAGUAGACGACCCUCCAAUGAAGCUGGUACCGGAGUUGUUACAAGUAAAGUAUGCCAUUGAGGAAAUUAAAAAGAAUAGCAACGAGAAUACGGCCGACGGCAGUUUUUCGGGAGUUCCUGUUUUCCAGUCGGAUGGUUUGGCGGUGGAUGAUGGUAAAGGAAAGAGAUAUCGCCCUUGUUAUUUAAGAAAGGAGGACCUUGAAUACGCUCGUUCUGCAGUAUUAACAAAGAGUGACUUGAUGAUAGACAAUAUUAAGGUCACGAGCCUUGAAAAAAUAAUACAAGAAAUGAAGGAUAGCUCAAUAUCAAAGUCAAAUAAUAUACUUAUUGCGGGCCCCGGCAUGUCAUGGCGAUGGUUUGACGAGCAAAAUCAGAAGAAGAGAUGA